AGAUUCCGUUUCAAGGUGCAGCUAGGGUUUCUUAAUUUUUGCAGCAAGUGUCCGUGGUCCGUUGAGAACUUCCAUGGCAUCGCUGCGGGAGACGAAGGUGGGCGGAUGGUGGAAGCGGCCUGUGAUGGAUGAGAGCCCCACCGAUCGUGGGAACCUUGCGAAAGCCAAGCGACGCAUCAAGCAAGAGCAGCAGAAGAUCCAAUUGCGAGAAUUCUUGAAGCAGAACCGCUUCCAGGGGGUGGAUGUUUCCAAAGAUGGAAAGCUCUAUCCCAUUCAUGUGGCGGCCCAUCUGGGCGAUUUCGACCUGGUCCGCUUGCUCCUGCGCGCCGGCGCGGACCCAGAGCAGGAGAUCCCGGGAAGCGGAGGUGGAGGCAAAGCGAUUGACAUCGCAUAUGCCGCGGAUGUGAUGGGAUCACACCAAAAGAUCAUCGAUCUUCUUCAAGCGCCGGUGAAGAUUCUGCCCGUCAGGGGUCUUCGAAAGCUGGUGAACCAGCACAAAGUGAGCCUGUGACACAGGCUCGGUCAGAAGACGAAACAGAUCUCCCAACCUGGGCAGAUCUCCCAACAUUCGUCGAUGCACCUCCCGGUCACAAACGUCGUGCAGUUCGUCGUGACCAAGCCUGUGAGCUCGUCUUGCAGUUCAAUCGAACUGCGUUCAUUUCCAUCUUGCUUUCUUUUCAUCUUGAGCAACUUGAGAGGCUAAGACCUCCUGUCACGUUUGACGGCCAGUUGCGGUGGCCCGCUUUCAGCAAGGUUGAUGACUCCUUGCACAUCCUCCCAUUUUCUUGCAGAAAAAACAGUUACCCCGAGACUAGGGGUUUGCCCAGCGCCAAAAUUGUGCCAAUUGAA